AUCAAUGUUGAAGGACGUACAGUAGUUUAUAUGGUACUAUAAAUAAUUCAGUAUGUGUAUGAAAAUCCAUCAGGGAAGUGAGCUUCUGUCAUAUUAUCCCAUUUUUGUGUCAUUCCUCCUCUCUACUCAGCCUCAGCAGCAACUUUACCAUCUUCAGAAUUUUUUUUUUUAGUCAUCUGGUGUUUGUAUGUAUGCUCUAAUAUAACUAAUUUUCCUCUCAAUUCUCGAGACGAGCUCAAUUAGUGAAACGGUUUAAUAUCGAAGGGUAGACGAAGAUGAAGGUGGCGGUGGUCGGAGCAGGGAUCAACGGUUUGGUUUCGGCUUAUGUUCUAGCCAAAGCUGGAGUAGAGGUCGUGUUGUUUGAGAAGGAAGAGUAUUUAGGUGGCCAUUAUAAAACUGUAAACUACGAUGGCUUUUAUUUGGACCUCGGCUUCAUGGUCUUCAAUCCUGUAACACAUCCAAAUACAGUGGAAUUUUUAGAGAAUUUAGGAGUUGAAAUGGAAGUAUCAAAUAUGUCAUUUUCAGUCAGCAUAGACAAAGGAAGAGGCUAUGAAUGGAGCACUCGAAAUGGUGUUCUAAGUCUUUUUGCACAAAAGAAGAAUAUUCUCUAUCCAUCUUUCUGGCAAAUGAUUCAAGAAAUAACCAAAUUUAAAGAUGAAGUUACCAAUUAUCUUGAAGCUAUGAAAAAUAAUCUAGAAAUGGAUCAAAAUGAAACGUUGGGACAAUUUCUCAAGUCAAGGGACUAUUCUGAAGUAUUCCAAACUGCUUACCUUUUUCCAAUGUGUGGUUCCAUUUGGUCGAGCCCCAUCGAAAAAGUUCUCAACUUUUCAGUUGUCUCUGUUUUUUCAUAUCUUCAGGAUCAUUAUCUGCUUCAGUUUUUUGGUCAUCCACAAUGGCUUACUGUCAAAUGGAGUUCAGAUUCUUAUCUGAAGAAGUUACAGAAAACGCUUGAGAGUGAAGGAUGUCAAAUAAGAACUUGCUCUAAAAUUAAUUCCAUCUCAACUACCAAAGAAGGAUGCAUUGUAAGCUACGGACUCCAUUUUGAAGAAAUAUUUGAUCAAUGUGUGAUAGCAACUGAUGCCCCUGAUGCUUUAAGAAUAUUAGGAAAUCAAGCAACACCCGAAGAAGCAAGAGUACUUGGAGCUUUCCAAUACGUUUAUAGUGAUAUUUUCCUUCAUCAUGACACAAAUUUCAUGCCUGAAAACCUAGAUGCAUGGAGUGCAUGGAACUUUCUUGGAAAUAAUAUAAAUAAUAAAGCGUGUUUGACAUAUUGGGUCAAUGUACUUCAGAAUCUUGGACAAAGGAGUCCUCCUUUUUUUGUAACCAUUAAUCCAGACCAAGAGCCAAAACAUGUCUUGUAUAAGUCCUCAAUUGGCCAUCCAAUUCCAUCUCUUAGUGCAUCAAAAGCCUUAAAUGAGCUUGAUAGCAUUCAAGGGAAGAGACAAAUUUGGUUUUGUGGAGCAUAUUUAGGUUGUGGCUCCCAUGAAGAUGGGUUAAAGGCUGGCACCAUGGUAGCACAAAAAAUAUUAGGAAAAAGUUGUACUCUUUUGACUCAAAAUCCAAAUCAUAUGGUACUUUCUUUGGUAGAAACUGGAGCUCGUUAUCUAGUCACUAGAUUUUUUGCACGAUAUAUAUUCAUCGGAUCAUUAAGUAUAAUGGAGGAAGGUGGUACAAUAUUUACAUUUAAAGGAAUGGAUAACAAAUUCCUUCCAAAUGUUGUUUUAAAAGUCCACAACCCCCAAUUUUAUUGGAAGAUUAUGACACGGGCUGAUAUAGGCCUUGCAGAUGCAUAUAUUAAUAGAGAUUUUUCUAUUGUUGACAAGGAUGAAGGUCUUCUAAAUCUUGUUCUGAUUCUCAUAGCCAAUAGAGAUGCAAACUCUUCCAUUGCAAAACUAAACAAGAAAAGGGGAUGGUGGACACCUCCAUUAUUCACAGCUAGUAUUUCAUAUGCAAAGUAUUUCUUUCAACAUACUUUAAGACAAAACACUCUUACUCAGGCUCGAAGGAACAUCUCUCGUCAUUAUGAUCUGAGCAAUGAACUAUUUUCUCUAUUCUUGGAUGAUACAAUGACAUACUCAUGCGCUAUCUUUAAGGGUGAAGAUGAAGAUUUGAGGGUUGCACAACUUAGAAAAAUUUCUCAUCUUAUAGAAAAGGCAAGAAUUAAUAAGAACCAUCACGUCUUAGAAAUGGGGUGUGGCUGGGGAAGCCUUGCUAUUGAAGUUGUCAAAAAAACUGGAUGUCAUUAUACUGCCAUUACUUUAUCUGAAGAACAAUUAAAAUAUGCUGAGAAGAAAGUCAAAGAUCUUGGUCUUCAGGAUCACAUCGAGUUUUAUCUUUGUGACUAUCGACAAUUGCCAAGUAAUAACAAAUAUGAUAGAAUUAUAUCAUGUGGGAUGCUAGAAUCUGUUGGACAUGAAUUUAUGGAAGAUUUUUUUUGUUCAUGUGAAUCAGCAUUAGUAGAGAAUGGUAUUCUCGUUGUACAGUUUAUAUCGAUACCGGAUGACCGUUACGAUGAGCAUCGACUAAGUUCAGAUUUUAUGAGGGAAUAUAUAUUUCCAGGAGGAUGUCUUCCAUCGUUAAGUAGGGUAACAACUGCAUGGUUAGAGCAUCCAGAUUUUGAUUGUGUUUACAAGGCGGGUAAUGUUGCAACAUUCAACAAUCCAUAUCAAGGAAUAACUUCAGCAUAA